AUGCCCACCUCGCUGGAUGGUCUUGACGUCAACCAGCAGCUUGCGUGCAGGCAGCGCGGCGACUCGCGGCUGGUUGGGCUCGUGAGAGGCUGGUGGGAGCGCGACCGUGAUGGCUGCAUCCGGAAUGAUGCCGCCGCUGUUGCGAGUAUCCUGCAGGAUGUGAACAGGAACGAGCGAGUCGAAGAUAUGUCUAGGCUGGAGCUCAGUAGGAAGACCUGCUUCCUUUGUGAUCUCAAACAGCUCACAACCUGUGACAUCAUGCGGGACCGUAAAGCCGCCAGGCAGGCAAGCAUUUGCCAGCUGGCUUACGGCUCGGAGUUUGGCUUCGACACGACGGGGCAGGAGGAGGUCGUCGUGUGGAACCUCUACUUUGGCAACGAGGACGUCGCCAAGAAGACGGUCGAUCACGUCCUCUCCUACAUGCGCAACUCGCCCACGUGGGCCUAUCACGGCGGCGCGCGCAGCUGGGGCGACAUUGGCAACAAUGGCAAGUACCUCGCGACGUUUGGCACGGGCGUGGCCGACCGCGGCCAGAUGCAUUACCGCUCGGGCCUCAACAUGAUCCCGCUCAUCGAGUGGUACCGGCUCAGCAACAGCGGCGGCGGCAGCCUGAGCGUCACGUUUGCCGCCGCGGCCGAGUGCGACAAGUUCCGCCUCAAGCUGACCAAGACGGCAAGGGCCAGGCCUGGCAGCGGCUUUGCCGUGGCGCACGCGCCGCUCGUCCGCGGCGCGAGGAAAGACGAGAGUGAGAUCGGUGACUUGUGA